AUGACCGAUAAAGAAAGGGAGUAUGCUGAUCUUAAGCGAAAACGCGCUACGAUUAAGAGCCAGAUUACCAAAUUUUCGACAUUUUUGGAUGGAUUCAUCGUUAAUAAGGCAGCUCUAACGCAACUUCGUAUUAGGUUGGAGAAAAUAGAACAAUCAUGGAUGGGCUACAGCAACAUCCAAGAUCAAAUUAAAGCGUUGGACAGCACUGAAGCAUUUACAUGUAAGCAACAACAAGAACGAUCGGAAUUUGAGGAAGCAUAUUUUUCGAUCGUAGGAAGAGCACAUCUCAUUUUAGAGGAAAACACAAAUCAAAGGGUUAACAUGGAGGUAGAAAAUGCAGCCGUAGGUAUAGUUAGUGAAAACGCGAUUGGUACAUCGGUAAAGUUACCAGUUUUGAAUCUGCAAACUUUUGAAGGAACAUACGAGCAAUGGCCUAUGUUCUUUAGUACAUUUUCGGCAUUGGUAGAUAAAAAUGCUAAUUUGAAUAAUGUGCAUAAGUUUUACUAUUUACAAUCAGCAUUGGGUCCAAAACCAAGAAAAAUAAUUGAAUCUCUUGAUCUAACUGAAGAAAGCUAUCCAAGAGCGAUAGAGUUAUUAAAGGGUCGUUUUGAUAAGACUAGAUUAGCCACGCGACAUCACGCUAGGGCAAUAUUCGAUUUGAAACCGAUUAUUGAAGAAUCUUAUGACUUACGUAACUUAACCGAUAACCUCAAACAACAUUUAGAAACAUUGAAGGCGCUUAAGUACAAGAUUGAUACUUGGUGUCCGUUAAUCAUAGAGUGGAUUUUAACUCGAGUCGAUCCAAUAACGGCGCGUGAAUGGGAAGACAAAACAGCUCCUAAUCCAGAAUACAAAACGAAGGAGUUCAUUCAAUUUCUUGAAGCUAAAUGUAACAUGUUAGAGAAUGUUAGCGCGUUAGAUAAUACAAAACUAGAUAGCGAAAAAUCGAAAAGGUGUAAAGAUGUAGCGCAUGUUACUAAGGAGUCAAGACUAAAGUGCCCUAUAUGCAAAGGGGAACAUAAGACCUAUCAAUGUGAAACAUUCAAGGGUUUAAAUGUCAAAUCGAGGUUAGCCGAAGUGCAUAAAGCAAGGCUUUGUCUAAACUGCUUACACCCAAAUCAUAUAGUUCGUGAUUGUAGGUCCAAUGCGUGCAAGCAGUGUAACAAAAAGCAUCAUUCAUUGUUGCAUUAUCAAAAUAGUGAUAAUGAGAGUAAAAAUGAAGUUAAAACCGAAGUAGAGGUAUUCAAGAUAAGCUCAAUAGCAAACUCAAUAGUAACAUGCGUUCCCACGUGUACGAAUUCUGAAAUUCUUUUGUCAACUGCAUGUGUGCAGAUAGUAGAUAAAAACGGAAAAUGGCAUGAGGCGCGUGCGUUAUUGGACAACGCGGCGACGAUCAAUUUCAUAACUUCUGACCUGCUUCAUAAAUUAGAUUUACAAACAGAAAGGGUAGCGGGUCAGGUAAUCGGGUUUAGUGGAAAUGCUACGCGUACGAAAGAAAUUGUAACAACGACGAUUAAAUCAAAGGUGCAGCAAUAUUCUCAAUCGUUAAAAUGCACAGUGGUUGAUCAGAUUACUAGUAAGAUUCCAGAGAGUCGAAUCGACAUAUCACGAUUGAAGCUUCCCGAUUCUAUAUCCAUUUCGCAAUUGGCUGAUCCAAUGUUCAACGUACCGCAAGAGAUAGACUUGCUACUAGGAGCAACAGUCUUCUGGAAUGUAUUACAAAGGGAACGAAUUCAACUCAAUAACGAACAAUCGGUAUUCCAAAACACGAAGCUCGGAUGGAUUUUGGGCGGAAGCUUCACACCCAGCCAAGUAUCGGCAACCAAAAUUUGUUGUCUAGUAACGAAUGAUAAUCUCAGCAAGCAAUUAGAACGGUUUUGGGAGCUUGAAAAAUGCGACCUUCAUAGAACCUUAACUAUUGAAGAAGCGAAGUGUGAGAAGCAUUUUGAGUCAACUACCAAUCGAGAUAGAGAUGGGAGAUUUGUCGUAUCACUACCACUGAAGGGCAAAAUCCAAGAUCUGGGAGAAUCCGAGCACAACGCGAUGAAGAGGCAAAAAUCGAUUGAGCGUCGAUUCACGAAAAAUUCCGUGUUCCAGCAACGCUAUGUAGAUUUUAUGCGGGAAUAUCAGAGGAUGGAGCAUAUGGAACUAGUUCCCGAGAACGGAAAUCACGGCGUAGUGAAUUACUUGCCGCAUCAUGCAGUAACACGCGAAGAAAGUACUACAACAAAACUCAGAGUGGUGUUUGACGCCUCCUGUAAAACGUCCUCAGGUCAAUCGCUGAAUGAUUUGUUGAUGGUGGGCCCUAAGAUCCAACAAGAGCUCAUGGAAAUUUUGAUUCGGUUCCAACAGCAUAAUUAUGUCUUGAUCGCAAACAUUUCUAAAAUGUUCCGUCAGAUCAAAAUAAACAAAAGGGAUAGAGCCCUGCAGAGAAUCCUCUGGCGAGAUGAUCCCAGAGAUACCAUUCUUAAGUUUGAGUUAACAACGAUAACUUAUGGUACGGCCUCUGCACCGUAUCUUGCUCAAAGGUGUCUUAAACAACUAGCACUCGAUAACUCUCAAACGUAUCCAGGAGCAGCAGCGACUAUUCAGAAUGAUUUCUACAUGGACGACUUGAUUACAGGGAGUGAUUCUGUAUCACAUCUACAGCAGCUAAAACAAGAAAUAGUGAAGAUUUUGGCCACGGCUGGACUGGAGCUCCGGAAGUGGAACUCUAACGUGUUGGAAUUAUUAUCAAACUCCGAAAACGAAAGGCCUCUUGCAUCCAAGGAGGAAGUGAAGACGUUGGGAAUUCAUUGGAACGCGCAGGAAGAUAUGUUCAAAUUUAAGGUGACAAUACCUAGAGAAGCUUGUAAGUCUAAACGGGGUAUCCUUUCCGUCAUUGCUCAAAUUUACGAUCCAUUGGGUCUCAUAGGGCCAGUCAUGGUAAAGGCCAAACUGUUCAUAAGAAGCCUGUGGAAAUUAAGCGUGAAUUGGGAUGACAAAUUACCAAGUGAAUUUAUGUUCGAGUAG